CCCCGCCAUGCUCCGCCUGGGCCCCGCGCUCCUGGCCCGCCUGGCCCGCGCCCCGCUCCGCGCCCCGCUGCGGCCGUGCGGAACGGCGGCGGCGAGCCAUGGCGAGGAGCAGGAGCGCUUCGUUUUCCUCGAGUACGAGCCGGACGCGGCUGAGAGAGCGGCGGCGGCAGCGGCGGCAGCGCUGCGCCGGGAGCGGGAGCUGAAGGUGAAGCCGAAGCCGCGGCGGGAGCGCGGCGCGGCGGCGGCAGUGCCGAGCCUGUCCGACCCGUCGGUGCCGCCGAGCGGCGUGAGCUGCUCUGGUUGCGGGGCCGAGCUGCAGUGCGGGGACGGCGGCGCGCCGGGCUUCGUGCCGGCCGAGCGGUACCGCAGCCUGGUGUCCGAGGGCCCCGCGGGGCUGCGCGGCGCCGUGUGCCAGCGGUGCUGGGCGCUGGAGCACCACGGCAGCGCCCUGCGGCUGCGGCUGCCGCCCGAGCAGCACCGGCGCGUGGUGAGCGCUGCCCUGCGCCGCCCGCCCCGCCACGGCCGCGGGCCGCUGCUGCUCUACGUGCUCGACGUGAUGGAGCUGCCCGACCCCGUGCUGCCGCAGCUGCCCGCGCUGCUGGGCCCCGACGUGCCCGCCGCCGGCGUGCUGGUCGUGGGCAACAAGGUGGACCUGCUGCCCGCGGACUGCCGCGGACACCUGGGGCGGCUGCGGCAGCGGGUGGCGGCCGCCUGCGCCCGGGCCGGGCUGCGGGGAGCCGCGCUGGUGGACAUCCGCCUGGUGAGCGCCAAAACCGGCUACGGCGUGGAGGGGCUGGUCAGCCGGCUGCAGCGCUCCUGGAAGUGCGCCGGAGAUGUCUACCUGCUGGGCGCCACCAACUCCGGCAAGUCCACGCUCUUCAACACCCUGCUGCGCUCCGACUACUGCAAGUCCCGCGCCCCCGACAUCAUCGACAGGGCCACCGUGUCCCCCUGGCCAGGAACAACACUGAACCUGUUGAAAUUUCCAAUUAUUAACCCUACGUGUGACAGGAUAUUCCGAAGGCAGGAGAGGCUAAAAGAAGAGGCAACAAAAACAGAAGAUCAGCUAAGCAGUGAAGAAAAAAAGUACCUUAAUCAACUUAAAAAGCAGGGUUACCUAGUGGGAAGAGUUGGAAGAACAUUUCAACAGCAGAAGCCUAGUGCUGAGAUUGACUUCGACCCUGACACACUCUCUUACAGCAUGGAUGAAGAUCCUAGAGAUGCCCCUAAGAAGCCUGAGGAAAGGGAGGAGUUCACUCACAACGAAGUGAAGGAUGCUCGAUGGUGUUUUGACACUCCAGGAAUUGUAAAGGAAGACUGUGUUUUGAAUCUCCUAACAGAGAAGGAAGUAAAGCUGGUUUUGCCAUCACAUGCCAUUGUUCCACGGACUUUCAUUCUCAAGCCAGGAAUGGUGUUGUUUUUAGCGGCCUUGGGACGUAUAGACUACUUAGAGGGAGAAAAGCCUGCCUGGUUUUCUGUCUUGGCUUCUAACCUGUUGCCAGUCCAUGUUACUACACUGAGUAAUGCAGACACCCUCUAUGAGAAGCAUGCAGGCCAAGAGUUCCUCAAGGUUCCCAUGGGUGGGGAAGAGAGAAUGAAAGAGUUCCCCCCACUUGUCCCUCAAGACAUUACACUGAAAGGAAUUGGUACCACUGAGGCAGUUGCAGAUAUCAAACUUUCCUCUGCAGGCUGGGUGGCAGUGACAGCUCACGAGGAAGAGGAACUGCUGCUCCGAGCCUACACUCCCAAGGGCACUGCAUUGGUGGUGAGGGAGCCUCCCCUUCUGCCUUACAUCAGUGCCAUCAGAGGGGCCAGGAUCCCAGGCACUCCUGCCUACAGGACCAAAAAGCCUCCUUCCUUUGUGGAAAAUCUAAGAACCACAGGAAGCAGAUAGUGCCUCUCAUCAUUGAGCAAGGCAGAAGCCAGAACAGCCCCUGGAGAAGCUUGUGACUUACUGGUAUUCAGAAAAUGUUGGGACUCAUUUUGAAGGGCCAGCAGGCACAUUUUGGAAAGCAGGGCUGGGAGGAGCUCUCCAAGUCCACAUGUGAUCCAGCUGCUGAACUGCAGUCAUUUUGGAUGAACUGAGGGGCUGGAACCUUGUUGUGGGAGGAGAAACUGCUUCUCCCUGGGAUCUGCAUUGAUGGGCAGAUCCCUUUACCUGUCCCCUCUUGAAAUACAGAGUGGAACUCACCGUCCUGACCUGGUCUGAUUUUGCUGCUCACAGAGUAGGUGGUUUCUUGCAGGCAUGCUCCCUCGUGUCAGAAAUCAUCACCUUGUUCUUAAGGUAUUUCCAUAGUUAAAGGGGUGGAGGGAGUUGGAAGGAGCAGGGAAUGCUCCAGUGUGGGUAUGACCCUCCUAGUGGCUGAUACUGAUUUAACAACAUUGACCAGAGGUGUCCUUUCUCUCCUUCAGCAUCUGGAGCAGAUUAGGGUGUGCAGUAUCCUGCUUUUGGACACAGGAAGAGUGAUUUAAUGAAAAGCAGGUCUGCUCAUGUACUUGAAGAGCAAAGUUUUGCAAUUCACUGCUUUGAUUUGGUUUCUGUAGCUUGGGUACAGGUUUUUGAAACCAAGGGCAUAGAAUAAAACUUCUCAAAGACCAUCUUUUGUUGACCUAGUUGAGAAAGCACUCUUUGUGUGGAUAUGAGCAUCUUGCUAAACACAUGAAAACUCCAGUGCAAUAAUAAACAUGCUCAAUCUGCCAAAGACAGGCAGACUGUGAGAGACACAUGGCCAGUCAGUCUGCUGAAAAAGAGGCAAAAAAAGAGUAUUUUCUAAUCUCCCUGCCAUUUCACUGAUGUUUUCCUCAGUCAGAGGUGGCUCUGCUGUCCUUGGGUCCUUGGCUGUUGUCCUGUAGAAGCCUGGCUGAUCAGCAGAAAUCAUUGGCUUAUUCAGCAUCCUCUUCUCACCAUUGUUGCCUGUGGGACAGUGUAUUGGCAUUCCUUUAGGGAAACCUGUCCCUUUGCCCUGCUCUUUGUUUGCCAGACCCACCAUGUGGGUCUGUCUGCAACCCCUGCUCAGGGAUGCUCUCAUCCCCUAUGUGAAGCUGCUGGGACUUCUGUGGAGCCACUUACUGUGCUCUGCCACUUCCUUCAGCUCUUCCUUGCCCUGCACUGCCACCUCCUGGGGGCACCUCCUGCCACCGCUGGGGGCUGGGGAGAUGGGGUGGGCCAGGUGGGGCCACGGUGGCUUUGAGGAGCGCUGGGUUCAGCACUGUCCUGGAGGAGUUCCUUGUCCUUGCUGGCAACUGCCCAGUCCUUCCUGUGUAGAAAAUCAGUUCUUUGUGAAGGUCAGUCUGCUGCCAGUGAACCCAGGGAAUGUGGUUCACAUGUGUUCCGUCUGUGUCUAGACCAGAGUUCUUCCUGUACAUUAGAUAAAAUAUGUGCACUCUCUCCUUGACUUCUCAGAAGGUCUUUCCUAGUUCUUUCUGGAAGAAAAAAACUAUGGCAGCAUGUUCCUCACUGCACAGGCUGUGGCUCACACAGCUCUCCUGUUUUCCUCUGUUUCUCUGUUGUGAAAGCCAGCACAUGUGUGGCCACUCCUAGGCUGUGCUUGGCAAGCCUCAGAGCACAGGCAGCAAGAUCCAGAAUGUGUUUUUUCCAGCAUGGGUGUACAGGACUGUAGCUGUCUUCCUGGCUGGAUUUCUUUGUGCUCUUGGCAGGCCUCACAUUUGGCUGCCAAAAUUACUGAAGGAGUUGCCAGCAGGACUGGUGUGAGGAUUUUCUGUUUUAGCUGUGUUAAUCUUCACAAUGCUGUGAUUUUCAAUUUCCCCUUCAAAAAGGGAAAAAGCACAUCUUUUUAUGUUUAAGAACAAGAUUCUAGAAGCUUUUUUUUUUGAGAGAGAUUAUUUUUAAAAUUACUUUUGCAGUGAUGGAAGAGAAAAUGCCACAUUUAUCUCAACUGUUGUAAUACACACAGCAAACCAACCCCGGUACAAAUUCUGCCCUUUUUUUUUUGAGCAGGCCAUGGAUUUAUCAAGCACUUUCCUUGACUUGCUCAUAGCUAAAUGGGAGAAUCAUGUUGCUUUGUGUAUUUUUUCAAGACUGGGUAUCUUGGAACAUUUUUAAGCUGACAAGAGGCUAAACAAUUUCUUUGUGUGUAGAAACAGCAUGAACAACUCAUGUUGUGCAGUUUAUGUCUUAGGCAAGAAUACUAAGAAUGCAAAAGAAUACUGAGACAGGGACUUCUGAAUCUUGAAUAAAUGCACCAAUCCAAACUUCCUCCUGCAUGAUUUACAUGCAUCAGAUGAUGGUGAGAGAGAGAAAGAGUAUCAAGAUCUGCCAGAACUGCCACCUUAAUAUCACAACCCAAAAGCAGGUGAAGUUAUUGAAAGAUACCAAAGUGGCACCUAUUGCUUUUCAUGCUUGGCUGUAUGACAGGUAUGGGGAUGAUGUACGUCAUGAGAAGGGACUGGUAGCCAACACUUCCCCUCUGCACAUCAGGGGUGUGAAGGCACUGUAGCUUUUGGAGGCAAAAGUCACUAUAAUGUUCUUGUGGGGAUGAUGCAAUUCUGCAAUUGCCUGAAUUCAGAGCUGUGCUCACAGGCCACAAGAGAGUCCAUCACUCCUGCCUGUCUAGCUUCCAGCUUGAAAGUAGCUUUGGUACUGAUUUCCAUAAAAACAUCUAUUUCUUAGCAUAAUAGUCCUGGGCUGCAGAGGUGAAUUUGCCUGGUUCUGCCUUUUUGCUCUGUAAAGUUCUCACACAUAUAGUGGCUUUAGUUCUUCCUGGAGCACUGCCUGGGGUGGUGUCACUCUGUUCCCAAUGUGAAACAGACUGUAAUUUGCUCAGGCUGUUCCUCAAACUUUUAUAGAAGAAUAAAAGUUUGGAUUUGUUUCCAUCACUGAAGUGUCUGGAAAAAGAAAGGUAAAAUGAUUAAGAACUUCAAACGCUUGAAAACUGAAGAAGAGGGGAAAAGCUGGAGCAAAUAGAAGAAAAAAAGUAAGUAGCAGACACUGCCUAAGGGAGGACUGCAUUUAGAGACAACAAGGUUUAUAUUUUGUGGUCUUAUGUGCAAAUCUCACCACAGGAACAUUUCAAAACCAGGGCCUGGAGUUUGGUCCCCACAGACCUCAAAACAGUUCUAGAAUGGGGUACAAUUGACAAGUGUUAUGGAAACAGAGGGAAACAUAAAAAGCUACAGUUUGUCUUCACAAAACUGUCAGAAAUCUGUUCACAGAGAUCAAAUAUCAUGUCUCUGUGAUCUGAUGUAUGCUCCACAUACAGAGCACGUGAACUCAGCAAGCAGUUCUUGGGGUGAGAAACAAUACCUUUAAACCUUUAUACAUUUGCUAAUUGAAAAUAAAAAUGUAACUACAAAAUUAGUCCUGGUCUUUCCCUGUGUAUGGUAGAUUGUACUGCAUUUAGUCUGAAAUUAAUAAACAAGUAUAUAGUCACACAAAUUUUGGAAUUUUGAAUUAAGCUAUCUACAGUUGUAAAAGAGAGAUUUUAUUCUACACUUCUAGAACAUUUGGUGUGGCUUUGGUUUAUUUUUUUAUAAGAUGAGAAAACCACUUCUGCAGUACAUUCUAUAUUUGCAAAACAAGCACAUUUAAUUUUAGAAAACACAGUGAAGUGAGGGAAGCCUGACAUUUUUUCUAAAAGUCAAGGCAAGCAAAGUUAGAGGUUAGAAGCAGAUCCUUGAGCUAGUAAAUGUCAGAUUUGUCACGACCUUAAUAAAAUCCUGCAAAUACAAAAUAUGUUGUAAACAUUAACAAUGGGACAAGAAAAUAACAAUAUACCAAAUACAUGUGCAAAGGUUCUGAGAGUUUGCUGAACCUCUUGCAGUUAUGACAAGCAGAGGAAAUAUGGGAAAAGAGAGAAAAGAAGAAAAAAGUGUAAAAAUAUGGUGUCCAACAAAGGGAGGUUAACCUCACUGAUGUGCUGUUCAUACAUUGUUACUCUACAAGGUGAGGGGACCCACAGGCAGAGAGCUUUGAGCAUAUUACUCCUUUUUGUUCAAAGAAUAAGGGAAAUGUAGAGAAGUAAAGGAAAUUCCUCUCAAUAAGUAUUAGGAAACAUGUUAGACAGUAUGUAUGCAGCUAAGUCUUUCAAAUUAGUGUCUUAGAGGACAUCUUUUUCCUGAUGUGAGCUAACUGGGAAAUGCAGUAAAUAUCUUUGAUUAGAACUAUCAGACAAUGAACUGACACAGGGAUUCACUGGGAAAAAUUUAGGGUUUAUCUAUACUGACAAUUCUGCAGAUUUAUUUUGGCUAAAACUGUGGUGGACAGGCACAUGCUUUUAAAUUUGAGUGUCAAAUCUUAAGAAUCCAGCGAGCAUUGUGGAAACAAUCAUUUGACAUCCAUGUAACAACCUUGUUGCUGGGCUUUGGGCACUCUGGAUUCCCUCCAUGGGACUCUUGGACUUGUGGUUACAUCUGUGUAGUAGCUCCCAGGAAUUCUUUUGUGACAAUACAUAAUGCAACAUUUUUAAAAGUGCCUGUGAUGCUUUGAAAUGCUGUGGUAGUCCGUACUGCUGAGUAUGGAGGUCAUGAAAAGGAAUGAGUGUGUUUCAGGAUCCAUGGCUUCCAUAUGGACAAGCACCUUUGGAUGAGUGAGGGCAGUGGCAGACUGCCACUUGGUUUGUUGCUGGCAGUCCUGUUUGAGAAGCAGGAACUGGCCAGUUGAGCCAGUUCACAUUAAAUUUUUUCAGGCUGCUCAAUUUGUUUAAAUGUGAUACUGGUGGGACACAUCCUGAGCAUGACCAACAGUGAUGUCAGAACUUCACAGUAAGGAAAGCUUCUGUGGCAAAGCAGGGAAUGAAUGUAUGCUGUUUAUGAAAAAUUAUGCAAGUGACCCAUUUAAUAUCUUGCACUAAAUCAAUAGGGGCUCUUGUAGGAGAAAACCCUCAGCAAAUUACCAUGUGUUGUGGCCUUGACAAAUGAAAACCCUGAGAGCUGGGCUAAGCAUACAGAGUCAGUGAUAAAGCAGUGGGGAUGCUAACAAAUGGCAUUUAUUAGCCUAACUCCACAAGGACUGGUAAAUUCUCCUCUCUCCAUUCCUAAGCCUAUAAAAAAAGGAAAACUAAAAACAAAGGGCAUCAGGAGGAGGCUGAGGGCUGUCAGUGUCCUCUGAAAGAGGGACAUGUAGAGGGGCAUGCUUAAGAAAGAUGCCAAAACUACAGUAAGCCUAGAAAUAAAACAACCAGAAAUAAAAUUGCUGAUGUUUCUGAGCAAUGCAGGCCAAAACAUGGUUCCUGUUUGAAGCAUUCAGAGACUGAGGCUGAGGUUAUGAUACUUGAUUCUGAAAAGGCAGCCUUUCAGUCAAGUUUUGAUUGAGGGGGCUCUAUGGAAGCACUGCAAAGUGCACUGCACUUGUCUGGCUAAUGGAGCAUGAGAGAGGUGAAGCUGAUGGUGGUCAAGGGAGCAGCACACUACAAAUUAAAGGAACUGGCUCAAGUGGAAAUGAACACCACUGAGAGUGAGUGCAGAACUGUUGUACCCAAAGUUAUCCCUGUGUACAGAUCAUUUCGCUGUCAAACUGAUGAUCAUUAAACAUGCCUAACUCUUAAACAACUAAAUCGUGGUUAAAGCUGUCAUUUAUGCCAAGCAAAGAGAAAUUCUAGCAAAACAACAAACUAACAAAACCCAAGUAAGCCCUUCAUCACAUUUUGGGCAGCCUCACUGAAAUUCAAGGUCAACCAACACAGCAGGAUGAAAAUAACCAUAUGUAUAAAUCUUUAGAACACUACUUUAAAGGGAAAGUAUGCAUUAGGUUCAAUGAGUUAUGAAAAGAACAUUUUGCUGCCUGUGACCUUAAUUUUUGAAAAUUAUGUUCUUUUCAGUCUUAACAUGUUUAUCUUGAACUACAUUAUGAACAUACAUUGGUAAAUGGGUGCUUGCACCAAUCUAUUUCCAGUCUUGGAUUAGGACCAAUGUACAUGGCAAAAUCUAAGUGUUGGGAAAGUGACAUUGUUCCAUUUUCUUCCAGCAGGUCAGCUUUUAAAAAAGCAUAAGGAAUAAUACAUAUGCUUCUGAUAUUCAACAAUCUGUCAAAAAAUGUUUAUGUUGUUUUGAGUUCUCCUGAAAUUGCAUCACAUUAACAUCAAACCUCAAAAACAUUUGUUGUGCUGGUAAGAAGAUGAAAACCUAGAUGGAAAUGGAUAUAGGUUUAAAAGGAAGGAAAACCUUCUCUUUUAUUGUUUUUAAUCUUCUAACUUCAAUUAAAAUGAUUUCUAAGAGAGAUGCCAGAGGCUGCCUGAAGGAAAAUUUUCUGUUGACAACAGUG